AAAUUUAUAACGAAUUAAACAAUUUGUCGUCCAAAUUUCUUUAAUAAAUGCGACAACUCCAGAAUCUCUCUGCGUGGAUUAAUUAAGAAGACUCGGGGCAAAACCAUAAGCAAUGGGUUUGUCUAAGGGAAACGACUACAUCAUAAUUUCAAACGUCCUGUAUCGGUUUGCCCUCUUUGUGACACCCCUUCUCAUCAUAUCCAGCUUUGCGGAUGCUAAUCACGUCCUUGAUCGUUGCGAUUCCGAAAAAGAUGAAGUUCUAUCGACGCCUCAGGAAUGUGCCCGCCCGUGUAUCGAUGGUGAGAAACCCAAGACCUGCUACUAUCAAUUCUACCUGGAGUCCUACGUGACCAUGGGGCAAGCCUGUGAAUACUGUUUGCCCAACAUUACCAAUCAACUGAACGCUACCUGCCAAUGCGUAACCGCAGAUGGUGUGGAGCGAGCCAUACUGACUGUGAACAGAAUGGUUCCUGGACCUAGCAUCCAGGUCUGCAAGGGAGAUUACGUCGUCAUUGAUGCCGUGAACCUAAUGAACGGUCAAGCAAUGAGCAUUCACUGGCAUGGAAUUCUUCAAAACGGCAGCCAGUACUACGACGGAGUACCCUUUGUAACCCAAUGCCCCAUUGCGGAUGGGAACUCAUUCAGAUAUCAAUGGCUUGCUGGUAACGAAGGUACGCAUUUUUGGCACGCGCAUCACGGAUCUCAAAGAAUAGACGGCAUUUACGGGAGCAUAGUUGUUCGUACAGCAAAAUCUUUCCAUCGCAAUAUGUACGAUUACGACAGACCGCAAGAUGUGAUAAUGUUCAGUGACUGGUUCCAUGUAAGUGCCUCCGAACAUUGGCCAGGAACUCAAGUUGUCAACGUGGGUCAAAAUCCGGAUUCGUUACUCAUACAGGGAUUGGGACAAUACACGGAUCCAGCCACCGGCAACACAACCACUACACCACUAGCAGUCUAUAAAGUGAAACCAGGAAAAAGAUAUAGGAUGAGAUGUAUCGUGGCCACCAGUAUGCACUGUCCAUAUGAGUUCAGUAUCGAAGGGCAUAGACUAUUGUUAAUCGCUACCGACGGAGUGAACAUUGAGCCUACUUGGGUCGAUAGCAUCAUGUCUACUGGAGGUGAGAGGUACGAUUUCGUGUUAUGUCCUAAAAAAAACUAUUCUCAAAAGUCGUAUUGGAUUCGAUUCCGUACGAGUACUUUGGGUCUAUGCACUGGAAUUCAGCAAUUUGCUGUUCUUCAAUACAAAGGAGGCCCAGACCUUCCCAGUUCUCCGAGACCCGUAUACAACGAAACCUUCGUUACGAAUGGAGUAGUUGCAAACGCCCUGAAUGUCAACUGUUCUGAUAAUAAUCGCACUGAAUUGUGCGUCAGCGAUUUUCGGACUGCCAUUUCGUACGAUAACAACAUAGGUGAUGAACCGGACUUCAAACACGCGGUAGCGUUCAACUUCUCGGCUUGGCUACCCGCUGAUCUCUAUAAACCCAAUUCUUAUCGGCGUUUUUUAAUGGUGGGAAAAGAUGCUCCAUUUGCGGCGAACCUCGGAAACCUAUCAUACGUCGGACCGCCAUCACCGCUGCUAUCGCAAUUCGAAGAUGUUCCACCGGACGUAUUCUGCAAUGAGACCCAUCGUCCAGUUCCAGUUGAUGGAAUAAGCAUAUGCACGAACAUGAUGAACAUUCCACUAGGUGCCCUCUGUGAGUUCAUAGUCUACGACCCAUCAGCAAAUGCGGGUCUGAACCAUCCCAUGCAUCUCCAUGGAUACCAUUUCUACGUCGUCGGUAUGGGGCUAAAUCCGGGAAAGUAUCCGGUACUCAACAAUACAGUAAUACAUAUUUACGACAAACAGAACCUGCUCCCCAGAAAUUUUAUCAACCCGGUGCUAAAAGAUACAGUUACAAUACCCUCUCUUGGUUAUGUGAUUAUUCGAUUUUACGCUAAUAAUCCGGGCUUCUGGCUACUUCACUGUCAUUUCGAUUUCCACAUGAUUGCCGGCAUGCAAAUGGUACUCCGCGUUGGUGAACAAAAGGAUCUCCCACCAGUUCCUCCAGGCUUUCCUAAAUGCAGCGAUUACAAACCCCCCAUCAAAUCUGUGUAUGAAUGAAAUACUUGUGAAAACCAGACGCGAAUGAAGUGGUAUUUCCGCCACCUCUCACACAGUCACACAGUUUACACCAGUGGUAUGUUUCAUACCGUGAACUUGUUAUUAACACUCCGUGAAGGGUAUGUGAUGCAUUGACGGUAAGAUAUAAUUCGAAUUGUCCAGCGUAUAAAUUUCUUGAACUUUCACAGUAUAACGCCUUGUUGGUAUCUGUUACCAUUCUCCUAACACUGUCAGAUUCGGAGAAUUUGAAACCCAAAAAUAUGUCACCCUAAGAGGACACGAACUCAUUGUGAGUCUUUGAUCAUCGAUGGCAAGUUUUUAUUGCAAAUCACCAUACAUAUUACAUAACUGCAAAAAUACACAUUUUCCAGUCAACAGUCAGUAUUAGCUUGAGAACACAGUCCGAAUUAUUAUUUACCAAUUUAAACAGUAAUACCUAGUGUAGUUACUAAGUCAUGCAGUAUUACGAUGUCGAGACUCCAAACUGUCGCUAACGGCAAACUAACUUCUCCAUCCACUACUGUUAUCCACAAUCAGCAUAUUUUCCCUGUAGACUGUAAUGUAAAUAUGCUUGUAAAUAGAUUACUAUUGUUACAGUGAAUUUACAAAACGUCAAUAUAGUCUGGAAUAAAGGAAAAAGUACAGAAAAUGAA